AGGCGGUCGGACGCAUGCGCUCUAAAUGAAAUAAGAAAAUAAUCGUGUACUGGCCGUUGGAGGUUCUGUACAGUGGGAGUCGGCGAGUGCCGCUUACUGACACAAUGUCACUGCAAAGCUGUCAAACUGAAUGGGGAGAAAUUGACCAAGAAUAUCAACAGUUACAGGAAACUCACAAAGUGUACAGACAGAAGCUCGAUGAGCUCACCAACCUCCAGGCAACAUGCAGCAGUGCCAUUAGUAAACAGAGGAAGGGUCUAAAAGACCUCCGGCACAGUCUGCGCAAAUGUACAAAAACAAGCAAUGAGAAAGAAACAGAACUGAUCAAAGACAUCCAAAUGCAAAUUAAAGACAAAGAACAUUUCUUCUUUGAUAUGGAAGCCUAUUUGCCAAAGAAGAAUGGAUUGUACUUAAAUUUGGUCCUUGGCAAUGUGAAUGUCACACUCCUCAGCAACCAGGCUAAAUUUGCCUACAAAGAUGAAUAUGAGAAGUUCAAGCUUUGCAUGACAAUAAUCUUGAUGUUUGCUGCCAUAACCUGUCUCUUCUUGUUCAAUUACCGUGUCACAGAUGAAAUCUUCAACUUCUUGCUGGUUUGGUACUAUUGCACUUUGACCAUAAGGGAAAGCAUCCUCAUGAGCAAUGGGUCCCGGAUAAAAGGGUGGUGGGUCUCCCAUCAUUACGUCUCUACCUUCCUAUCAGGUGUAAUGCUUACCUGGCCAGAGGGAUCCAUGUAUCAGAUGUUCAGAAGUCAAUUCCUUGCCUUCUCCAUUUAUCAGAGCUUUGUGCAGUUUCUUCAAUAUUACUAUCAAAGUGGCUGCUUAUACAGGUUACGAGCUUUGGGGGAAAGAAAUCAGUUGGACCUCACAGUGGAGGGGUUCCAGUCAUGGAUGUGGAGAGGGCUCACCUUCCUCUUGCCAUUCCUCUUCUUCGGACAUUUCUGGCAGCUGUACAAUGCUUUGACCCUGUUUCGGUUGGCAGGACAUAAAGACUGUAAAGAGUGGCAGGUAUUUAUGUUGGCACUGACAUUUCUUGUCCUAUUCCUGGGGAAUUUUCUUACCACAUUGAAAGUUGUUCGCCAUAAAGUCCAGGAAAACCCAGAGAAAGUGCAAAAGCAAGAGUGAAUACAAGUCUGACUACAGCUCAGACUCCCAAGUGACCAUGAAACAAAAUGGCACUUUGAAACGCACAAUCGAUGGGAAUAUGGACUGCAGGGUUUUUUUGCCAGGAAAAGACUGAGUGAAGAGAACGAUGUGUCUCAGCCUUGAUGACAGCUGCAACAUUAACCAAUAACCUUGGCUGAAUGUGCUUUUGUUUCCAAUAGUUUGUCGUUGUCUUUGCUACACAUGCAAUCACAACACAGAGCGGCCUUCUUCUGGCAGAUGAACCACUGCGAUCCUGGACCAUUUGAGGCUUGAUCCUGUAGAUUUAGAGUAAUUGGACAGACUUAAUCAUUAUGGUGUGGAUGUAUUUAGGACAGAGCAUGGACUACAUGUACAGAGAUCCACUCUUUGAACUAUAUGCAACUAAAGAAAGACGGGUAGCAUUAGGUCAUGAGAAGAGGUUAGAUUUACCUACAAAGUAUAUGUACUGUCAAUACUUCACACAGCUGUUUUCGGUAUGGAAUAUUUGAAUACAUCCAUGGCACAGCAAUUUUCACUGUUCGCAACUACAAGUGUCUCAUUUUGAUAUAUUCUUCAGUAAAGAUGCAUUGAACUAUACAAUUCUCCCGGUGUGCUGUUUGAAAGUAAACAUGUUUCUUUUCUCUGGAUAUUGACAUGUUGCUGCGGGUACAUCUUAUAUAAAGAACUAAAGCCUGCUUUUUAUUUUAGCAAUGUACCAGCCAGGACUUGUUAACUGAUCAUAGACAUUUACAAUCUUUAACAGCAGCCAUUUACUACCAUUGUUUGGGUUGAUUUGGCAACUAUAAAUUACAGCUGUUCUAUUUUUUAAAUAAUACCAUUUUAAAUAAUUAAUAUACUAAUACAUGUCAAGGUUUUAGAAUACAAGGAUUUUCUUUCCCUUCUGUAAUGCACCUUGUUAAACUGAGUUCCUGAUGUCUUAACUUGGUCCUUCUGUAGCUCAGUUGGUAGAGCAUGGCGCUUGUAACGCCAGGGUAGUGGGUUCGAUUCCCGGGACCACCCAUACGUAGAAUGUAUGCACACAUGACUGUAAGUCGCUUUGGAUAAAAGCGUCUGCUAAAUGGCAUAUAUUAUUAACUUCAGUGGGUUCAGAAUUAAGACAAAUCCAUUUUGAAAUAAUUCCUGUAAUCUAGUUCAAAAUGAUAACCCUUUCAAUGAAUGAUUAUUUGAGUCCUGUCCAAUUCAGGCUGUGCUGGUUGUUUUAAACAAUUGCUGCUAUGAGCACUGGUACUUUUGAGCAAAUGAUUGGGAAUAAUGUCUUCAGUACAAAUGUGCUGGCGUGAUCAAGUUCUAUAACUCUGCUGACAUACCGUAUGUAUUGUAACGCAUCGACUCUGAACUAAGGCAAAAUCUCAUGAGCUUGUGUACCCCUUUUCAGUGUCCUUUAAUUUUGAACUGUAGUAUUAGAUCUGAACAACUUGGUACUUAGUGACAGCGCUCUCUAAUGCCUUCUCUCCCUGUAGCCUGUCACAAUUACUUGAUUUUUGUUCCAUUUGGAAUCGAUUGUUUUGUUAUUGAGAAAGUCUAAGGUCUUGGAUAUUAGUCUUGAUUCCGUAAAGAAGAAAAAUCCAUUCUACGCUUGAAGGGAGCCACUCUUUUUGUUAUACUUGUCGGCAAAAGCCUGUUACUGACCAUUAGUCCAAAAUGUUACAUUCUGUUUGUAACAUCAAAACUGCCGCAAUGCACUACACAACAGCACCUAUUUCCUCAUAUGUUGUGGUAUUGGUUUCAUGUCAUGGAUUGUCCCAUCAUAAGACUACCUUGUGCCUAAACGUAUCACUGUAACAAGAGAGUGAUUUCAUUGAUUCUGUUUCUGAUUACAGGAUGUUAUCGGAGAGGCAUUUAUUUACAUUGAUAUAAGGCCCUGUGUUUUGGAACUAUCAAAUAUUAAUUGAUAAGUCAUGUAACAAAUGUAUUUGCUUAGCAAAGAAAUAUAUAUACAUCAGCUUUCACAAUUGUUUUCAGUUGCCUAUGUCAGUGUUUUUUCAUAGCAACCACCACUAGUGGGCACUGUCAUUAAACUUUAGAAAACUGCAAUAGAUAUUUGUCCAGACUCCAGCUCUGAAAGGAACUGAUGUCUAUCAGCUUUCAACCACAAUAGUAAAUAGUUGUAAAUUGUCCUGGCAAUGUAAAAGGUGCAGUCUACUUAUCAUCCUCUGCAGAAAGGGUAAGUCGCUUACAUGAACAUGUGUAAUGGCAGUGGUGUAAAGUACUUUAGAGUACUACUUAAGUAGUUUUUUUUUUUUUGGAGUAUCUCUACUUUACCAUUUAUGUUUGACUACUUCUACUCCACUACAUUCCGAAAGAAAAUAAUUUAAUUGUUACGCCAUACUUUUUCUCAGACAUCCAAAGUACUUGUUACAUUUCAAAUGCUUAGCAGGACAGAAAUGUUCAAAUUCACACUUAUCAAGUGUAGGCCGUCAUUGUAAAUAAGAAUUUGUUCUUAACCGACUUGCCUAGUUAAAUGUUUGUUUUUCUUUAAAAAUACCCCUGGUCAUCCCCACUGCCUCUGAUCUGGUGGGCUCACUGAACACAUGUUUUGUUUGUAAAUUGUCUUAGCCAGGGGCACACUCCAACACUAUCUUUUAAAUAAAAAAAGAGAACCAUGCUA